UUCCCGCCGAAGAAAAGAAGCAGCCCGCCUUCAAGACCUUCCCGACGUCGGCGACCGUGAGCGAGGGCAAGUCCGCGACCUUCACCGUCAAAUUCGAGAAGGAACCGACCAAGGUUUCCUGGGUGAAGGACGGCAAGCCAGUCGAUGAGAAGUCCCCUCGUUACAAGUUCCAACAGGAAGGCAAAAAUGAGUUCUCGUUCGCUAUCCCCAAAUGCCUAACGACAGACGUGGGUCAGUACGUGGUGAAGGCUGCGGGAAAGAAGGGUGAGACGACAGCAGCCUUCUCUCUCAACGUCUACACCGCCGAAGACCUGUGAUCUGCUACACGCGCUCUCCCAGGCAUUGAUAGGACCAUAUGGCCGUGAAGUCACGUGUUCUCGUUUCAAUGAGUCCUUUACGUGACUGACGAACUCCAUGGCCACUCAGCAAGCAUAUGCUCGCUGGGUUGGCCCUAGAGCAAGCAUUUUCAUCGUGUUAUAGUUACUGUGUGCAUGUUCGCUUCUGUGCUACAUGUAUCUUUCCUAUGAGAUUAUUUAUUAUUAAUACAUUUAUUAGCUAUAGUUUCCUUUUGAGAUGGAAGAGAUAUGUCUGAUGCGAGAAAGGUUUUGCCAUCAUAUCAAAGAUUUCUGCACACACGUGAACUAGAUGUAUGUAUUCAGUUUUGUGUCCGAUUCACAAGCAUUGUAUAUUGCCCUGUAAUGGUGACUCCGUGUAUGUUUGCCGACGACUGAACCAGCCAGAUCGUGCACUCAGCGCGUCAAAAAGAGAUGAACUCUGCGCACGUCUGAUGGAUUGUUUAGCACUGGGUCGUUCUUAGAUCACAACAUAAAUACGUCAGUCUACUGUUCACAUCUUUUUAACCCUUUUGAUUCUAAAUAGUGUUUUGUUCAGAGCCUUUAGUUUUGCUGUAAUCUAACCUCGGAUGACAGGCAUAAUCCGUUAUUGUAUAGGUUGGAUUUGCACCACAACUUAUAUGACUAUGGAUUGUGCUUCUAAUCGCCUCUUUCCAAUUCUCUGUCUCUCGAAGUUCCCGCCAUGUUCUCGUCGUUGUACGUCAUCAGCCUAUGAACCAAUCACAUAGCUCCCUGCGCUGCUCCCCAUACUACGUCAUCAGUCCACGAACCAAUCACACAAAACGUCUCCAGUGACAUGGUAACAUCUAUGUCAGUUAUCCCAGCAGACUAGCGUAGUAUGGCGCUCAGAUAGAACAGACAUUAACUGUAUGAGAAUUGCCAAUGUAACUUGUAUAAGGCUUUUACGCGAGAAAUAUAUGUGAAUUUUAUUA